AAGCCGCAGGCUGGCCUCAUCGUGCCCCAGGCGGUGCCGUCCUCCCAACCAAACAUAGCGGGAGCUGGGGACGCCAUGGAUCUGGGAGAGCUCGCGGGUAUGACCCCCGAGAUCAUUCAGAAGCUUCAAGACAAGGCCACGGUGCUGACCACGGAGCGUAAGAAGAGAGGAAAGACGGUUCCAGAGGAGCUGGUGAAGCCCGAGGAACUCAGCAAGUACCGGCAGGUCGCCUCGCACGUGGGGCUGCACAGCGCCAGCAUCCCCGGGAUCCUUGCCUUGGACCUCUGUCCUUCCGACACCAACAAGAUCCUCACCGGUGGGGCUGACAAAAACGUCAUUGUCUUUGACAAGAGCUCGGAGCAGAUCCUGGCGACCCUCAAGGGCCACUCCAAGAAGGUCACCAGUGUCGUUUUCCACCCGUCUCAGGACUUGGUGUUCUCAGCUUCUCCUGAUGCUACCAUCCGGAUCUGGUCUGUGCCCAACGCCUCGUGCGUGCAGGUCGUCCGUGCUCACGAGGGCUCGGUCACGGGGCUGAGCCUCCACGCGACAGGCGACUACCUCCUCAGCUCUUCUGAUGACCAGUACUGGGCUUUCUCGGAUAUCCAGACAGGCCGUGUCCUCACCAAGGUGACAGAUGAGAGCUCUGGCUGCGCUCUCACCUGCGCCCAGUUCCACCCGGACGGGCUCAUUUUUGGAACAGGGACGAUGGAUUCUCAGAUCAAGAUCUGGGAUCUGAAGGUAGGGCUGGCCCUGGGUGUGUGUGUGUCAAGAGGACAGGUUGGAGGGGUGUUGAGGCCAGUUGGGGGCGACUUUGGGGACUCUCUUUUGACGGCCGCGGACGACUCCUCCGUCAAGCUCUGGGACUUGCGAAAGCUCAAGAACUUCAAGACGUUGCAGCUGGACAAUAACUUCGAGGUGAAGUCUCUCAUCUUCGACCAGAGUGGCACCUACCUGGCCCUGGGCGGGACUGACGUCCAGAUCUACAUCUGCAAGCAGUGGACGGAAAUCCUCCAC